AUGCAAUCUGAGCUCGGGUAUCAAUUAGGUGAGAGCCUGCUAUUUGAGAACUCUGGAAGCUCAGGGCUGAGUUUUGUCGGGUCAAAUGGUCAAUUGGCCAACCUAAAGCGAAAGAAAAAGAACGGAUCGCAAGACAUUUCGUGGAAGAGCGAUGAGACAUAUGGCAUUGAUAUAAAUCGUCUACUUGAUCAAUGCAGCACUGGUAAAGACGAUAAAGCUGCUCCACAAGGCCAAAAGUCCAUAAAAAGUCUCACCCAUAAUCUGUGGACAGAGAAAUGGAAACCUCAGAGUUUUUUUGACCUGGUUGGCAACGAAAGGACAAACAGGCGCGUCUUGAAAUGGCUCAGACAGUGGUCACCGCUAGUUUUCGGUGAAACCUUGCCAAAACAAUCGACAGCUAAAUGGGGGGGCUCAAAAUCUGGAGUCCAGGACUCGCUGGAGAUAUUAGAUCCACUACAGAGACCUCGCAAGAAAAUUCUGCUUCUCACUGGACCGCCAGGAAUAGGGAAAACAUCGGUUGCACACGUCGUGGUGAAGCAGGCGGGCUACUCUGUCGUGGAAAUCAAUGCCAGCGAUGAGAGGGGAGGGCCCGGUGUCAAAGCACGAGUGCACAAUGCACUUUUCUCGAACACCCUGGAUGGCCAGCCGGUUUGCUUGGUAGCCGAUGAGAUUGAUGGUAGCAUGGAGUCAGGCUUCAUUAAAGUGCUCAUCGAUAUUAUCAACAGUGACUUUAAAGCUACACAAAGAGUUCUAAGCGGCGCUCCGACAAAAUCAAAAGGUAAACGUCAGCGAAGAAAAAAUCAGGGCCAGAUAAUGACACGGCCGAUCAUAGCCAUUUGUAACAAUGUCUAUGCAUCUGCCUUAGAAAAGCUACGGCCGCACUGCGAAAUCAUCAACUUCCAAAGACCAUCGGAAAACGCUAUAGUGGAGCGUUUACAUCACGUCUGCAGAAAAGAAAAGUUGUUGCUGGACAAGAAAAAACUCAAGGAGCUAACAGAGCUGUAUCAGGGUGACGUGAGAAGUUGCCUCAACAACAUGCAAUUUAUGGCCACAUUAGCCUCCGAAAACGGGUCAAACAGUCUUGAUGAACAAGCGAAAGACCUGACUGUGUCUUGGUACAAAAUCUGCAAUCAAAUUUUUCGGAAAGAUCCGCAUGUUGACGGUAAACAACAAUUUGGGAAGCUAUUGCGAGAUGUGGAAACCAAUUCAAACUAUCAAAAAAUAGUUCAUGGCUGCUUUUCCAUGUUUCCUUCUGUCAAGUACUCAGAUUAUGGCUUGAGAAAACCAGGCGCUGCUGCUGAUUGGUUAUAUUUCAACGAUCGCAUGUUUCAGUCUCUCUUUGAGCACAAUGGGGACUUAAUGCGCUACAAUUCUGCAGUACCUCUGGCUUUUUUCCAGCUCUUUAGCGACAUCGCUAAUAAGGAUGAGAUUAGAACACAGCAUAAUGAAUUCGAACAUAGAGAAGCGCUGCGAAAAAAUGAUGACCUCUUAAGUGCUAUGUUGCAACGAACACUUCCAAUCUCCCAAAUAUACAUGAAUAAGCGCGCAUUAACGCUGGAAGUUCUGCCGCUAUUGGAUCACAUCAUAGCAACUGAUUUUACGAAAGUGCGCAAUGGACUGGUGAAGAAUGCGAUAUUCGAAAAUAUAAUUCCUGCCGUCACAACGUUUGACCUUGCAUUUGGGGAACGAUCCGAUACGGACAUGCCUCGCGUUACCUGCAUAGAACCACCAUUUGACGCAGUUGUCUUGAUGGAUCAAAAACGAGCCAGAGAGAUCUUUACCAAAAGACCUUCUCUUUUGAAUAUACUAAACGCGAAGGUUCAAGAAAGUAAACUUCGCAAAAGAACUCUAGAGGCUGCAAGAGUCGAUAAAGAGAAUUUGGAGAGUGCGCGCAAAAGGCAGAAAACGUCAUCAUCUUCGACUAAACCUGCGGAGUUUUUCAAGUCUCAGUAUGCCAGCGUGCAGUCUGGGAACAGCCAAACUGUCGGUGCAUCCGACACUGGCGGUGUAGAACCCGCCAAGGUUAAAAUAUGGGUGAAACACAAAGAGGGUUUUUCGGACGCGGUUAGAAAAAAUGUUACUUGGAAAACACUUUGGGAGUAG